CCCCGCCGGAGGGCGCUACGUCACUACCCGGCGAGCCGCGCGCGGCGCUUCCCCCACCCGCUAAUGUUUUGGCCGAUUCAAGAUGGCGGUGCAGGAGUCAGCUGCUCAGCUCUCCAUGACCCUGAAGGUGCAGGAGUACCCGACCCUCAAGGUGCCCUACGAAACACUAAAUAAACGCUUUCGGGCUGCUCAGAAAAACAUUGAUCGAGAAACGAGCCACGUCACCAUGGUGGUGGCCGAGCUGGAGAAGACUUUGAGCAGCUGCCCUGCCGUGGACUCUGUGGUCAGCCUUCUGGAUGGUGUGGUGGAGAAGCUCAGUGUCCUCAAGAGGAAGGCAGUGGAGUCUAUCCAGGCAGAGGACGAGAGCGCCAAGCUGUGCAAACGGCGGAUCGAGCACCUCAAGGAGCACAGCAGCGACCAGCCAGCGGCCGCCAGCAUGUGGAAGAGGAAGCGCAUGGACCGCAUGAUGGUGGAGCACCUGCUGCGCUGCGGCUACUACAACACCGCCGUGAAGCUGGCACGCCAGAGCGGCAUUGAGGACUUAGUGAACAUCGAGAUGUUCCUGACGGCCAAAGAAGUGGAAGAGUCCCUGGAGAGGCGGGAGACGGCCACCUGUCUGGCCUGGUGUCACGACAACAAAUCCCGGCUGCGCAAGAUGAAGGGCCGCCAAAGCGAGCACGACGCGAAGACGGGACGGAAAAGUAGAGUGGCCAGUGGUCCCCCUAAAGAGAGUGAGGAUCUUGGUAUGGAAACCAUAAAAGGAAAGCCAGAAUUGAGUUGCCUGGAGUUCAGCCUAAGGAUUCAGGAGUUCAUUGAGCUCAUCCGGCAGAAUAAGAGACUCGACGCCGUGAGACACGCUAGGAAGCACUUCAGUCAGGCUGAAGGGAGCCAGCUUGACGAGGUCCGCCAGGUGAUGGGCAUGCUGGCCUUCCCCCCAGACACACACAUCUCACCCUACAAGGACCUGCUGGACCCGGCCCGGUGGCGCAUGCUGAUCCAGCAGUUCCGCUACGACAACUACCGGCUGCACCAGCUGGGCAACAACUCUGUGUUCACCCUGACGCUGCAGGCCGGCCUCUCGGCCAUAAAGACACCACAGUGCUACAAGGAGGACGGCAGCUCCAAGAGCCCCGACUGCCCCGUGUGCAGCCGUUCCCUGAACAAGCUGGCACAGCCCCUGCCCAUGGCCCAUUGCGCCAACUCCCGCCUGGUCUGCAAGAUCUCUGGUGACGUGAUGAAUGAGAACAACCCACCCAUGAUGCUGCCCAAUGGCUAUGUCUACGGCUACAACUCUCUGCUGUCCAUCCGUCAAGAUGACAAAGUCGUUUGUCCGAGGACCAAAGAAGUGUUCCACUUCUCCCAAGCCGAGAAGGUGUACAUCAUGUAGGCCGGGCGCCCCGUGCGCCCCCGCCCACCUGCGUUUCUGUUUCUUGCGACCAAAGAUCAGUGAGCGAAGCUGGGCACUCCUAGAAGGGUGGAUUUGGGUCCGCACAUCCGUGCUGGGGGACAGCCUUCUGCUGGUAGGACUCCGGAGUGCACCUGAGGCACCUGAUGCCCUCCCCUUUCAGAGAGACCUACCCGCCGCCUUCGGCCGCUUGGGAAACAGGAGUCGGUUCUCCCGCGCCCCCGCCCCCGCCCCUCCCGCCACCCUGCCCCCACGGCCAUCCUCGGCAAGGGGGCCCAAGGGGCUGCACCUGUGCUGCCGUGGGGGCAGUCUUACGGUGUGCUAGGUUCAAUGUCACGUCAUUCGUGCCGCCUUAUUUCCUGCUUGAGAAUGUAUUCACGUGGAAAUCCACUGGACCGAGUUCUGCAGAGGCCUUGCUGAUGGCUCCGUAACUGUAGAUCUAAUGCUGUUGUUACAGAAACUAGCAGUCAGUCCGAGUAACCACCGAUGACUUUUCAAAUCAAACGACCCAUUGUAGUUUACACGAAACCACACUGUAGAGGGUUGUAUUUAGCGCUUAUUUUUGCAUGUCAAUGUUGAUUAGCUAAUAAACUGUAAAUGUAAAACCUGUUAAUAAAAGGGUUUUCUAUUUCUUA